UGCAAGCCAUCAAAUCAUAAUUAUUAUUCCAUUUUAAAAUUAACUAGAAAAAAGAAAAGAAAAGAAAAGAAAAACACACUCUUAUAGGCGCAUAGCAAGCAAAACCAAAGCCUACAGUAGCCGAAAACUAAAACCUCUUUACUUUUUUCCCUUUCCCUUUCCUUUCCUUUCCUUUGUUAUCUGCAGAGACACCAUCGCAGCAGGGGAAGGAAACGGCGGUGCUUUGCUUUGGAGAUGAAAGGCGAUGAGGGAGGAGGUGGCACGGUGUUGGUGGGGGUCAAAUUUGAUGCAGACAGCAAUGAAUUACUGACAUGGGCGCUUGUCAAGGUGGCUCAGCCAGGUGAUCAAAUCAUUGCCCUUCACAUCCUUGAUGCUGCUGCUGAGAGUCCGGCGUCGAUUCUUUCUCUUGUCAAGACAUUUGAUUAUACACUAGGAGUUUACGAAGGCUUCUGCAACUUAAAACAGGUUGAUUUGAAGCUAAAAGUGUGUAGAGGGUCAUCCCCAAAGAGGAUUCUGGUCAGGGAAGCUAAGUCUUUCGAAACAACUAAGCUAAUUCUGGGAACUUCCAAGACCCAUAACCCUUUACAGUCACCUGCCUCAGUUGCAAAAUUUUGCGCCAGAAAAUUACCCAAUUGUUUCUCGGUUUAUGCUGUCCGAAAUGGCAAAGUUGUGUUCCAAAGGGAAGCAAUUCAGACAAACUUGAACCAAUUCCAAGACAAAAUUCCACAGGAUAAAAGCCUUGUUCACCUGGUGUCUUUGCCAAAGAGUAUUCGAACAGAUAAUGGCAAUUGUUCCUAUAAAUCUGGUUUAUUUUCAAAGCAUAAAACGUUGGAGAAGAACUGUGCAGCCUGUGCUUCAGCCUUGAAAUUACCUGAAAAUUCUAAUACCCGAUUGCGAGAAGAGUUACCCGGAAAUGGCAGUACGGACAAUAGACUAAGUUUGGUACCUAUUCGAACAACUGAGGAUAAUGCUGUUCUGGUUAGAAAGUUGCCUGGUUGGUCUCUUCUACGAUGGCUGUUUUUACGGAAGCGUUAUCACCUGGAGAAUUCUUCUGCAAAGAAAUCUGUGGACCAGUGGGUGUUAAAAUUACCAAGCCAGCAAUCUUCAGCUGUUGUUUAUCCUGAUCUAAAGCAAAACUGUUACGAUCGGAAAAAGAAUCGUUCUUCCGAUUUGGAUGGAGAAACUUCUGCAAUUGUGCCUGUUGGCUGUGAGGCUAUUUUUCCUCUGUCUCCUUGUGAUUUUCCAGAAGAGCUACAAAGUUUACUUGAGAAAUCCUCCUCUUCUUGUAGAUUGUUUAGUUACCAAGAGCUUUUGGGCGCGACCUCUAGCUUCAUGCCAGAGAAUAUGAUUGGUAAAGGUGGUAGCAGUCAUGUUUACAAAGGGUACCUUCCUGAUGGCAAGGAAUUGGCAGUGAAAAUUGUUAAGCCAACUGAGCAUGCAAUCAAGGAAUUUGUUCAGGAAAUUGAGAUCAUUACGAGUUUAAACCAUAAAAACCUGAUUUCCUUAUUCGGGUUCUGUUUUGAACAAAACAAGUUGCUCUUGGUUUACAAUUUCCUCUCCAGGGGAAGUCUAGAAGAGAACCUUCAUGGAAAUAAGAAGGAUGGCAAUGCAUUUGGCUGGCAGGAGAGAUACAAGGUGGCGGUGGGCUUAGCUGAAGCACUUGAUUACCUACAUAAUAGUUGUGAACAACCUGUGAUCCACAGAGACGUGAAAUCUUCCAAUGUUCUUUUGUCCAAUGAUUUUGAACCCCAGCUGUCAGAUUUUGGACUUGCUAGUCAGGUCUCAAGUUCUGCAUCUCAUAUGACUUGCAUGGAUGUUGCAGGAACCUUUGGUUAUUUGGCUCCUGAAUACCUGAUGCAUGGAAAAAUGAGUGAUAAAAUUGAUGUCUAUGCGUUUGGCAUUGUCCUCCUAGAGCUCCUCACUGGUAGAAAGCCCAUUGACAAUAACCGUCCGAAAGGUCAGGAGAGCCUUGCUGUAUGGGCAAAGCCAAUUUUAAAGGACCAUGAUAUUUCUCAGUUGCUAAAUCCACAGCUCGGCAGUGGCUGUGAAUUUCAUGAGAUAGAAAGAAUGGUUUUAGCUGCUACCCUGUGCAUAAGACGCGCACCGCUAAUGCGGCCUCAAAUUAGCCUUAUCCUGAAGCUCCUACUGGGUGAUCAGGAAGUAACAAAUUGGGCAGAACAACAAGUUAGGACAUCUGAAGAAGUUGAUGUUUCUGAUGAGGAACUAUACCCGACAAACAUGGAAUCUCAUCUUAACCUUGCAUUACUCGACUUGGAGGAUGAUUCAGUUUCUGCAAGCAGUGAUGAACAAAGUUUAGAAAUAGAGGAUUACUUGCAAAAAAGAUGGCGUCGCUCUUCAAGCUUUGCCUAGCCAUCCCGAUGCAAGCAUGAUCUUUUCUUUUAGUUUGUCCCCAUGAUUGUCAAUCCCCUCUUUCUUGUUUAAUCAUUAGAUUGAAUCCCGGAAGAGAGGUUGUUUAAAAGAGCUUCCCCGCCUUAAGUUGUAUUAUAGCCCAUGAUUCAAUUUUAUAUAUGGGCUAGUUUUGGGCUUUGACUUUUGGGGAAACAUAGUGAGGAGCAAAUGUAUACUCAAAACAUGCAUAUGAGUGUAAAUAAUCUUAAUUUUAAGACGGUAAUGUUUGUUUUCUUUGAUCCA